AUGGCACAAGCACCUCCACCAACCCAUCCAGGCCGCCUCACCAACAAAGUUGCCAUAAUCACAGGCGGCGGCAUGGGUUUGGGAGAAGGCAUAGUCCGCAAAUUCGUCCACGAAGGAUGUCGCGUCGUGAUCUUCGAACUCGACCCUUCUGCGGGCACAAAAGUCGCAGCCUCUCUCCCUCUAGAUCGAAUUCAUUUAUUCACAGGAAACGUCACGAAUGAAACGCAUUGGAAAGAAGCUUUUCAGUGUGCGAUUGAAGCUUUUGGCAAACUCGAUAUUGUCGUUAACAAUGCGGGGGUUGUUCAUAAUGCUCAGGCAAGUGAAAUGGACAACAAGAAUGGAUGUCCGAGUCCGAGCGUUCCAAGAAGUGAAUACGACAGAAUCAUGGAAGUCAACGUUUCACCCUUAUACCUCAGCUCAAAAGUCAUCGGCCCAUACUUCCAAUCUCAAAAAUCGGGAUGUUUCGUCAACAUCUCUUCCAUAUCCGCACCCCGACCACGUCCAAAUCUAGUCUGGUAUGCGGGGUCCAAAGGUGCCGUGACGGCUAUAACGAAAGGGCUUGCGGCAGAGUUUGCGAAGGAUGGGAUCAGGUGUAAUGCGAUCUGUCCUGUUGCGGCUGAUACGGGGAUGAUGGCGAGUGUGCUUGGUGGGGUGGAUUCGCCUGAAGGGAGAGCUGUUGUUGUGAAGGGCAUCCCGAUGGGGAGGGUUGCGACGCCAGAGGAUGUUGCGAAUGCGGCUUGUUUCUUGGCUAGUGAUGAGGCGAGUUUCAUUACUGGAGUGGAUUUGCCGGUUGAUGGUGGCAGGGCGUUGAUGUAG